AUGUUCAUUAAGAUGAGAAAAGUGAUCGAAUGGAUUUAUACGUUCUAUCCGGAUCCAAACGAUUGGCUGCAUAAUGGAACGCUGACAAACAGCUACAAAGAGCUCAUAGAUGUGCUGAAGAAUACAACUUUUGACGAUGAGAACAAUGAUGAAAACGCUGCGACGAGAGGCUGGAUGUGGCUUUGUUGCAAUGAACUUGGUCUCAUGCAAACUACCGACCAGGGAAGAAAUGUCUUCGGAAGCAUGCUUCCUCUAGAUUAUUACAUCGACAUUUGUAUGGACAGUUUUGGUGAUGAUGUAAACAUCACAUCGAUUCGCGACAGGAAUAUUGCGUUCCGUAAUAAAUACAAAGAUGGAGAAGACUAUAAGGUUCAUCGUAUUACGCUAAUCGAUUUUAUUUUGUGA